GUUGUUGUCUCGACGACCGUCAAUGUGGAUGGCCAUGUCUUGGCUGUCUCAGACAACAUGUUUGUCCACAACAACUCCAAGCAUGGGCGAAGGGCUCGCAGACUCGACCCUUCAGAAGGUACGCCUCCUUAUCUGGAGAAUGGUAGGCACAUUUUACAUCCUAUUAUUUGCCAUGCUUUCCUUAAUUUUCUUUAAAUUUAAAUGUUCCCUCUGUUCAUACAUUUUUCAAAUUCUGUGCUGUAAGUCGCUAUUUGCCUCCCUCAUGCAUACUAUUUGGAUUGGAAAUAGUAUACAAUAAUCAUUCUAAUAAUGCUAGUAAUUCUGGUAAUUUUAAUGAUUAUAAAAUGAUAUACUAUUUUCAAUCUUGUCCAAGUGUUUAAUUGCACUUAAAACAUUAUGAAAUUGGCAAAUAAUUCACAGUGAGGUCGAUUUCCUGUUGCUGGGUGCUGCAGUUUCAGCUGAGAGGAGAGGGCGGGAGGAGGAGUGUGAUGAGGUGGUGUUGAAGAAGUCAGGCGCAGGAGGGUAAAUCACAGAAUAACAGGCUUUAAUCCGCAAAAUACAGGUUUACGCAGAAAUGCGUCAAACACACUCCAGGGCACAAAACAGGCGCACUGGAAAAUACAAGGCACACGGGAAAAUACUCCCGUCGAUACACAAUACACGAGCUCCACCGAGCUUCACAAACCUCCACAAUAAACAAUCACCCACACAGACAAGGAAACAAGAGGGAACACUUAUACCAUAACUCAUGAGGGAAUAAGGACCAGGUGUGUGUGAUUGAAGACAAGACAAAUGGAGUGAUAAUAAAUGGAUCGGCAGUAGCUAGUAAGCCGGUGACGUCGAACGCCGAAACCUGUCCGAACAAGGAGGGGAGGCAGCCUCGGCGGAAGUCAUGACAGUACCCCCCCCCCCCCCCCCCCCCCCUUGACGCGCGGCUCCAGUAGCGCGCCGACCCCGGCCUCGGGGACGGCCAGGAGUACGCGGUGCAGGAUGAGCCGGAUGGCGACGGUGGAAAUCCCGUAACAUGGUGGGAUCGAGGAUAUCACUCACCGGAACCCAGCACCAUUCCUCCGGACUGUACCCCUCCCACUCCACAAGGUACUGAAGGCCCCCCACCCGAUGCCUCAAAUCCAGGAUGGAACGGACAGAGUACGCCGGGGCCCCCUCGAUGUCCAGAGGAGGUGGAGGGACCUCCCGCACCUCAGCCUCCUGGAGCGGACCAGCUACCACCGGCCUGAGGAGAGACACAUGAAACGAGGGGUUAAUACGGUAAUCAGGGGGAAGUAAUAACCUAUAAGUGACCUCGUUGACUCUCCUCAGGACUUUGAACGGCCCCACAAACCGAGGGCUCAGCUUCCGGCAGGGCAGGCGGAGGGGCAGAUUCCGGGUCGAGAGCCAGACCUGAUCCCCCGGUACAAAGACGGGGGCCUCACUGCGGUGGCGGUCAGCGUUGGCCUUCUGACAACGCACGGCGCGUUGGAGGUGAACGUGGGCAGCAUCCCACGUCUCCUCCGCGCGCCGAAACCAGUAAUCCACCGCAGGAGCCUCGGUCUGGCUCUGGUGCCACGGUGCCAGAACCGGUUGGUAUCCUAGAAUACACUGGAAAGGCAUUAGGUUAGUGGAGGAGUGGCGGAGAGAGUUCUGGGCAUAUUCUGCCCAUGGCAAGAACACCGACCACUCCCCCGGCCGGUCCUGGCAGUAGGACCGCAGGAACCUACCCACGUCCUGAUUUACCCAUUCCACCUGCCCAUUACUCUCGGGGUGGAACCCAGAGGUCAGGCUGACCGAGACCCCCAGACGUGCCAUGAACACCUUCCAGACCUUGGACAUGAACUGGGGACCUCGGUCAGACACUAAAGCAUGCCACCUCUGGUACCCCGUAGUGCCGGAAGACGUGUGUAAACAGGGCCACCGCAGUUUGCAGAGCCGUGGGGAGACCGGGCAGAGGAAGGAGGUGGCAUGCUUUAGAAAAGCGGUCCACAACGACCAGGAUGGUGGUGUUACCUUGGGAUAUCAGUUAGAAAAUCAACACUUAGGUGAGACCAUGGUCGUUGUGGAACUGGUAAAGGUUGUAAAGUACCAGCUGGGAGGUGCCUAGGUGCCAUACUCUGGGCGCACACUGAGCAGGAGGAGACAUACACCCUCACAUCCUUAGCCAAGGUAGGACACCAGUAUUUUCCGGUGAGGCAGCGCACUGUACGGCCGAUACCUGGGUGACCAGAGGAGGGUGACGUGUGUGGCCAGUAGACCAGACGAUCACGGAUAAGAGCAGGCACGUACUGUAGCCCGUCUGGACACUGAGGUGGAGAGGGAUCCGGCGUAAUGCCUGCUCUAUAUCCGCGUCCAUCGCCCAUACUACCAGCGCCACAAUGCAGGAGGCCGGCAGUAUGGGGGUGUUGUCUCUGGGCCUCUCCUCUGUGUCAUACAGCCGGGACAGCGUGCAUGUCUGCCUUCACGUUCUUCGUCCCCGGAAUGUAUGAUAGAGUGAAAUAAAACCGGGUGAAGAAUAGGGCCCACCUGGCCUGGCGAGGAUUCAGCCUCCUCGCUGCCCGGAUGUACUCCAGGUUAUGGUGGUCCAUCCAGACGAGGAAAGGGUGUUUUGCCCCCUUGAGCCAAUGCCUCCACACGGUCAAGGCUCGGACAACAGCCAACAGCUCCCGAUCACCAAUGCCGUAGUUCUGCUCCGCCGGGCUGAGCUUCUUCGAAAAGAAUGCACAGGGGCGGAGCUUGGGUGGCGUACCCGAUCGUUGAGACAGGACAGCUCCUAUCCCAACCUCGGACGCAUCCACCUCCACUACGAACAGUAGUGAUGAAUCGGGGUGUGCUAGUACUGGGGCUGAGGUGAACAGACCCCGCAGUUUGCUGAAGGUCACUCUCAGCAGACCAGCGGAGCCGGGACGGCCCACCCUUCAACAGGGAGGUAAUGGGAGCUGCGACCUUGCCAAAGCCCCGGAUAAACCUCCGAUAAUAGUUGGAAAAGCCAAGGAAGCGCUGCACCUCCUUAACCGUGGUUGGAGUCGGCCAAUUACGCACAGCUGAAAUGCGAUCUCCCUCCAUCUCCACACCUGAGGUGGAAAUGCGGUAUCCAAGGAAGGAGACGGACUGCUGGAAAAACAUACACUUCUCUGCCUCAGCAUAAAGGUCAUUUUCCAACAGUCGGGCCAGCACCUUGCGAACCAGGGACACAUGCUCAGCGCGUGUAGCGGAAUACACCAGGAUGUCAUCAAUGUAGACCACUACACCGCGACCAAGCAUGUCCCGAAACACCUCGUUCACAAAUGACUGGAAAACUGAGGGAGCAUUCAUCAAACCAUAGGGCAUCACCAGGUAUUCAUAAUGCCCCGUGGUUGUGCUGAAUGCUGUCUUCCACUCAUCUCCCUCUCGGAUACGCACCAGGUUGUACGCACUCCUGAGAUCUAAAUUGGUGAAGAAGCGCGCCCCAUGCAUUGAUUCAAUCACUGAAGGAAGGAGGGGGAGAGGAUAGCUAAAUCGUGUCGUCUUCCUGUUCAGUGGUCGAUAAUCAAUGCACGGGCGCAGACCUCCGUCCUUCUUCUUCACAAAGAAGAAACUUGAGGAGGCGGGUGAAGUGGAGGGACGUAUAUACCCCUGGCGCAGGGACUCGGUGACAUAUGUUUCCAUAGCCACCGUUUCAGCCUGUGACAGGGGGUAUAUAUGACUCAUGGGAGGUACAGAGUCUACCCGGAGGUUUAUCGCGCAAUCCCCCGCCCGAUGAGGUGGUAAUUUAGUAGCCUGCGUUUUAGAGAACGCUUGCGCCAGAUCGAGGUAUUCAGGGGCAAUGCGCACGGUGGAGGUACUGUCUGGACUUUCCACCGUGGUUGCACCAACGGAAACACCUAGACACCUACCCUGACACUCUCGCGACCAACCCGUGAGAACCCUCUGCGGCCAUGAGAAGGUGGGGUUGUGGAGUGCUAGCCAAGGGAUACCUAAUACCACAGCGAAAGCAGGAGACUCAAUAAUGGGAAAAGUAACCUUCUCACAAUGAGUCUCCUGGGUAAUCAUGGUGACUGGUGCAGUAACUUCCUUAACCAACCCGGACCCUAAUGGGCGACUAUCAAGUGCUCUGAUGGGGCGUGGAAUGGAUAGGGGAAUCAAUGGAAUGCCUAUACGGUGUGCGAAUGCCCUGUCCAUAAAGUUCCCAGCUGCGUCUGAAUCGACUAGCGCCUUACACUGGGGAACAUCCAUGUGCUCAGGAAAGGAGACAAGCAUUUUACAGUGCGCAGCAGAGGGCUCUGAACGAGUGUGGGUGUUCGAUACCUGGGGUGAUGCGAGAGUGCCCUGCCUGCCACCUCCAAACCCAGAAGAGUGUUGACGACAACGUGUGGUGAAAUGUCCCUUCGCGCCACUAGUGUGGCACUGGCACUGUCGUCCUCCGCUCUCUCGGCUAGCGGUUCCACCCAUCUCCAUCGGUUCUGGAUGCGAGUCGGCCGGGAUGGAAACGGGCAGACCUCCUCCAGGACGUCCUCUGGUUGCCAGCAGGUUGUCUAAACGAAUGGCCAUGUCCACCAGUUGCGAGAAGGACAACAUGGUGUCACGGCAGGCUAGCUCCCGUCGGACGUCCUCUCGCAGAUGGCACCGGAACUGGUCGAUCAGGGCCCGCUCGUUCCACCCGGACCCAGCUGCCAGAGUUCGAAACUCCAAUGCGAAGUCCUGCGCAGCCCUCGUCCCCUGCCUCAGGUGGACCAGCCGCUCGCCCGCCUCUCGAUCCUCAGGCGGGUGAUCGAAGACAACCCGGAAGAGGCGAGCGAACUCCCUGUAGUUCUUCAACGCGGCUCCUCCUUCGUUCCACACCGCGUUGGCCCACUCCAGGGCUUUCCCCGAGAGGCAGGAGAUGAGGGCGGACACCUUCUCCCGCUCCGAUGGAACCGGCCGGAUGCUGGUCGGGAUAUCUGGAUCCCUCCGGGUGCUGGGGUGUAGGUGGCGGGAUCCGGUUGACCAGCUGGUCUCAACGGAUCAGGCUCUCUCCUCUCCAGGCGUUGGACGACCUGAAGAAGCUGACCCAUCGCUUCACCCAAGCUGGCUAGCAUAGUUGAAUGCUUCUGGACCCGUUCCACGACUCCAAGCAUGUGCGUCUCUCCCGCUGACUCCAUAAUCGAGUGGGUGAUUCUGUGAUGAGGUGGUGUUGAAGAAAUCUGACGCAGGAGGGUAAAUCACAGAAUAAAAGGCUUUAAUCCGCAAAAUACAGGUUUACGCAGAAAUGCGUCAAACACACUCCAGGGCACAAAACAGGCGCACUGGAAAAUACAAGGCACACGGGAAAAUACUCCCGUCGAUACACAAUACACGAGCUCCACCGAGCUUCACAUACCUCCACAAUAAACAAUCACCCACACAGACAAGGAAACAGAGGGAACACUUAUGCCAUGACUAAUGAGGGAAUAAGGACCAGGUGUGUGUGAUUGAAGACAAGACAAAUGGAGUGAUAAUAAAUUGAUCGGCAGUAGCUAAUAAGCCGGUGACGCCGAAUGCCGAAACCUGCCCGGGUGGGGGACGGACUAGGAGAAAAAAAGAACUUACUGUUUUUCUUCCAACUGAUUCCAUAUGAUAGACUGAUUGCCUGCUCUGCCAAAAGAGAGAGAAGUAGGACCACGAAACCAUGGGAAAUCCAAAAAGUAAAAUGCACUAAACAUAACCUCCUGACCCCUCCUGGCCUCCUCUCGUAGAUGAGAGCACAGAGCAGAGAUUAUGGAAAAAACGGAGCAGACCAAUUGUGCAAAUUGCUUAUCUUCAGAUUUCAAGGGGCAAUUAUGGCUAGGCAAACAGUUUAUAUACACACACCACUGCCUGAAACGGCCUUCUCUCCCCUUUAAUAUCCAUAAAUGGUCCUAUCACCAAAAGCAAAUGUAACGUUUAACACAACAACAGUUAUAAAAAAAAAACCAGACAAGACAAUUAAUACAUCUUAUGUAGUCCAGUCCUAGUGGGGAAAGGAGCUAAUCUAUUUGUUUUAGUCUUUAUUAAUGACUCCUCUACUAGAGAACAACAUCUAAUAAUUAAAGUCCUGCCUCAAGCAUCGAAGUCAUUAUGCUCAGUGACGUUCUGUUGGUGUCUGUGUCUCACGUUUAUGACACGGUAGGUGUGGAUCGCCUAGCAACCUGCGUCUUAAUGAGGAGAGCAAUUAAGGAGGUUGAGCCCUCUCCUCCAUGUUCCCCCCAUCCCACGGGACAGUGUGUGGGUGUGUAUGUGUGCGUGUGUUAUGAGGGUUACACACAGAUUUCCCCUGCCCACCCCUUCUCAUUCUUCAAAGCGCAAGAGCAGUAGGCUUGCCUCGUAAAGCAAUCUUCUUUCAAUAACACAAUCUAGCUUAGUAUCUGUCUUAGCUACAUAGAUAUUCAUACAAUAUACACAAAAUAGCAGUCCUUAUUUUGAGUGCCUUAUCACUAGAUAACUUUCAAUUAUGGAGUUUGAGAAAAUGUCACUUAACUAUAAUAUACUCAAUUUCACUUUCCAAUAUAUCUCAAUCUAUUUUUCAUCCCAACCUAAUGUACUUGAGUGUAGAAAAUGAACCCUUUGUGUGUAUUAGCAAUGUAUCAUAGCUCUUUAGCCAAAACGUUGCUUGUUUGCGUCCCCCGCACCCGACACUCAUAGACGUGACACAUGAGAACAGGAUACCCGGUCAUAAAACGUAAUCCCAUCCAUGUCUUCCAUAGAGUUCUGACACCAGGCAAACAGACAGCGUGCUUUAAAUUAGCAACACAUUCUUCACUAGGUGUUCACUGGGUGAGAAGUCUCAGAUAUGGCUGACUGUCUGUCUGUGUGUCUGAGAAAGCCAGGCUUACUCUCAGUUCAUUGUCUCAAUGCUGGGGUGACAGUGUAAGGCUGCUCAACAAGUGCUGCCCCCUAUUGGUGCUGAAUGGGAAUUUAUUUUAGUGACACUGAACUGAACCAUGCAUGUUUGAGCUGUCACACAAGCAUAUGCAUUUAGACAUGAAUAGACAGAAAAUUCUUCACUAAUACACACCAACUUGCAGACUCACUCACACACACUCCCUCAUACACACUCACUCCACCCGUUCCUUAGCCAUUGUUCCACCUCCACCGUAGAGACUUGGAGAAUAUGGAAGACUCAGCAUAUUGCCUGCCACACCCCAGUCAUUUGCAUGCUGUAAUGCUGUUAUGGUUUAUGCAAUAAAGACAAGUGAAUCCAGUCUACUCCAUCUGAAAGAGGAGAGAGAGAGAGAGAGAGAGGAGAGAGAGAGAGAGAGAGAGAGAGAGAGAGAGAGAGAGAGAGAGAGAGAGAGAUGGGGGAGAGAGAGAGAGAGAGAGCGAGAGAGAGAGAGAGCGAGAGAGAGAGAGAGAGCGAGAGAGAGAGGUAACAGAUGGCCCAGGGAGAGUAAAAAGGUAUAAUCCCAUCAGCUGCACUAUCAUCCGACCAUCUGGACAUCCCACAGCACAAUUACAACACAUUUCAGCAGGCAGAACAAAGGACGCAACAUCCACGGACACAUCAGACCUGUUUGAGUGGCUCAGUAGGCCUACUAGAGCUUCAGACGGAAGUUGGCCCUUAACUCAGAUCUAGGAUCAGUUUUCUGUACUAUAGUGCUAACUUGAACCAUUAGGAAGUAAAGGAACCAAAAUUGAUGUUGAAUCUGCACUUAGGGCCAUUUGACAACAGUCACAUUAUAAAUAAAAAAAUGCUCACAGAUAAACUAAUAUUGUUUUAACCUACUUAAAGAUGCAUUAUAUAGAAAUCGCUACACCAUUUCCUGAUUGCUAAAGUUCUAAUAUUUUGCCUCAUUUCAGUUUAUGUGACAAAACAAGCAAGUAUAGUGUAGAGAAUCAUUGUACCAUCUAAACUGCUGUGAAAUAUAUUUUCCAUAACCAAAUAUAUUGUAUUUUCAGCUGUUUGAAGCUGGUGUACAAAACCGAAAGUAAAAGAAGCAAAAAUGAAACUUAAGAACGGGAAGCAUAGAAAUAGUGCACAUAGAACAGAUCUAUCGCUUCUUAGACUUGCUUUUAUUGACAAUGACAGAUCUAUAACACACAUUUCUAUGUGAAUUUGGUCGGGUCGCCUAAAAAGUUGAGUGAUGCACAGACAGGCCUUGUUUCAGCCAUCCUCAUUCCCUCCCUGCAAUGUUUAUCAUCUGCUGCGGGGAAUUGUGCGUGUCUAUCAUCAGAUCGCCUGCGCUGCCUGUGUAAUCCACUUGGCCACGGUUCCCAUUCAGCACAUGCUCCCCUCUCUGUCUGUGCAUUGAGACAUAUGCAAAUUUUCAGGCAGAAGGGUGGACGGCUUAGGGCCCCGGUCGCUCCCUCUCCAUGGGUCCUUUCUGUGUGUGGGAGGGGGGCGUUGGGAUUUCCGAGGUGGUGUGUGUGUAGGUUUCUGUCUGCAGCUGCCCCCCAACAACCACCAUCAACAACCCUCUCUCUCUCUCUCUCUCUCGCUCUCUCUCUCUCUCUCUCUCUCUCUCUCUCUCUCUCUCUCUCUCUCUCUCUCUCUCUCUCUCUCUCUCUCUCUCUCUUUCUCUUUCUCUUUCUCUUUCUCUUUCUGUCUCUCUCGCUCUGUCUCGCUCUGUCUCGCUCUGUCUCUCUCUCAUUCUCUCUCUCCCUCUCUCUCUCUCCCGGGCCCAAAGUCAAUUUGUUUACAGUCAUUUUGAAGGGGGAAUUAUUUGCCGUAAUCGGCAGCACUGAUGAAGGUCACCUCCUUUGAGGGGACACGGCGAUCCCACAGAGAGAUGGUCUUCUUUCAGAUGCUCUGCUUAGCAAUUAAGCAAAGCAAAUGUCACUCGUCCAGACCUCAGAGAUGAAAUUCUGUAAGGGGUGAUUAGCAUGAAGUCAACAGCGCCUGUUAAAGUCCGAUUUCCCGUAGUGUUUGUGUGUGUGUGUGUGUGUGUGUGUGUGUGUGUGUGUGUGUGUGCGUGUGUGUGUGUGUGUGUGUGUGUGUGUGUGUGUGUGUGUGUGUGUGUGUGCGUGCGUGUGCAUGCGUGCGUGUGCGCUUCAUGGGGAGAAAGCAAACAUAACCUGCACAGCCCCAACAGAAAAGCAAACAAAGGGAUAUGUCUUGUCUGUAGUGAUCCAUACAGCAAAGGCAGAUGGGGAUUUACUUACUGAACUCGAGUGAUAAUAGGACUACAGCAAUGUGCUCAUAUAAAUAGUACAAAAUGUUAAAAGAACAAGAAUGUGUGCAGUUUGCAUUGUAUUCACAAAAUAUUAAUGUAAAAAGAUUACAUUUAAUUUUGCUGUUUUAUGGUUAGCUUUCAUGCUAUGCCUGUUGUAAACAUGGUGUCAGGGUGAGCACCAUAUUAAGGUAAUGCAUCAAAUGACAGGAAGAGUUUGAUUCGAUUAUAGUAACUCACAGCCCUCUGAUGAAUGGCAAAACUAUGUCGCAAAAGUCAUGGCAGAUGAAAAGCAUUGUAAUAAACAAUGUGAAAUGGAUUGAAUCGAUCACAAAAGGCAAAACUGAGCCUGAAUAAUUCAUGAAUUUAUUCAUGUUGUGAAACUGCAUUCUAAACAACAUGCCAGAACGCAGGGAACAAAGACAAUGGAAUGACAUGAAACCAACAACACAGCUUUGGCUUGUCAUUUACCUUCUACAGCUUUAUUCUCGACUCAUAUGAGGUGUUUAACUUUCAAAUUCUACUGUACAUGCAGGGCUAUGCCUAAUAAAUUUUGAUAGCUACAUUUGCCCUGACACAUAAUUUGCUACACCAAAUCAUUUCCACUCACGAGCCCAGCGCUUAGCCUUUGUGAAGCGGACCAUUUGAAGGGUCUGCUUACAUCACUCCAACAUGCUGAUGAAUGAUUUUUAUUCUCGUGCCUAAAAGGACAAAUCCAUCAUUUUCUCUCUCUCCAGGCUUAUUUCCAUGAUAUGUCUUUCUAUUGGGAUAAAGACAUCAGGCUAUGUAGAAGUGUAGGUACUGAAUAGGCUCUUAUUUUCUGUGUGUUAAGCAGCCACCCCUUGCAUCAAGGCCAUCAGCCCCAGUGAGGGAUGGACCACAGGAGGGGCCACUGUCAUCAUCAUUGGGGACAACUUCUUUGACGGCCUGCAGGUCGUGUUCGGGACCAUGCUUGUAUGGAGUGAGGUACAGUAUUUUUGUCACACCAUUGAUUUGAUUGAAUUUCAGCCUAGGUUUUAAGCCUUUACUAUAAACACUGGUAAUGAUAUCCAUUUUUUUGUAAGUUUGUACGAGACCUUAGUAGGCAUGGUCAGACUCAAUGGUUCCUGUGCCCUGUCAUCCAGCUCAUCACCCCCCACGCCAUCCGCGUCCAGACCCCUCCCAGGCACAUCCCCGGUGUGGUGGAGGUCACGCUGUCCUACAAGUCCAAGCAGUUCUGCAAAGGGGCUCCUGGAAGAUUUGUCUACACC